UUUCUAGUGUCCCGGAUUCGGAUUCAGAUUCGGAUGGCGAGGGUCGGAGGUGCUGGCGAUGGCGAUGGCGCUGGCGCUUUUUGCCUUUCUGCCGUUUUCAAUUUUCACUUUCAGUUUGUCGAGAACGUUUGAACUCAGAGCAGCGCCCCAAAAAAGUUGAGCGCUUUCAGCCAGCGGGACGCAGUUUGGGCCAAGCUUUCUGGCCAUCGUGCGUGCAGCAGGCUAACGCCAGGAAAAAAAAAAAACGGAAAAAAAGCAAAAUUGUAAAUUCAAAUUUGGCCAUAAAGCGAGCUAAAGUUAAGCUAAAAAGUAAAAAAAAAAAAGCCAAAAAUCAGAUGAGAAAAUGUACACGGAGUGUCUGAAAUAGUGCGGAGAAAAAUGUGCGGCUAGCGGAUCGGAGGAGAAGGAGAAAGAGCAAGGAGGAGGCGGAAUCUAGUGUAAGAGGCGACAAGUGUAAAAUUGCUGCACAUGAACACAACCAGAGCAUAGACAGACACAGGAAACUUUUCAUAUCCCCGCAGUGAACAAUAAAAGCAAAAGUGGCAGCAGCUCCAAACAAAAAUGACAGCAAUAAGUUUAAGCAAUAAAACACAGCUUGCCGGGAACUGCGAAAAUGCAGCCUGAAGACAAGAAACAUAAGCAGCGGGCUAAAGCUUUAAAAUAGGAGUUAAUCGACAUAGCUCCUACCCCAUCCCAAAAAACCAAAAAAGAAAAUCCCUUUAAUCCCCCAAAUCAACUGCCAAAUCAUAUAUAAAAAAAUAUUAAAUUAAAUAAAAGUAAAGAGAAGCUGCUGAAAGGAGCGAAAAGGGAGGAGAAUCUCUAGAGUUAACCGGGACACUGAAACAUUCCACCCCAUAGCAUGGCCUCGGUCGCCGCUUGGCUGCCCUUCGCCCGGGCGGCGGCCAUCGGGUGGGUGCCGAUAGCCACCCACCCACUGCCACCGCCGCCAAUGCCCAAGGAUCGCCGCAAAACGGACGACGAGAAGCUCCUCAUCAACGUCUCCGGCCGCCGCUUCGAAACGUGGCGGAAUACUCUGGAGAAAUAUCCAGAUACUCUUCUAGGUUCCAAUGAAAGAGAGUUCUUCUACGAUGAGGACUGCAAAGAGUACUUCUUCGACCGGGACCCGGACAUCUUCCGGCACAUAUUAAACUAUUACCGGACAGGAAAGCUGCACUAUCCCAAGCACGAAUGCCUCACCAGCUACGACGAGGAGUUAGCCUUCUUCGGCAUCAUGCCGGACGUGAUCGGGGACUGUUGCUACGAGGACUACAGGGACCGGAAGCGGGAGAACGCUGAGAGGCUGAUGGACGACAAGCUGUCGGAGAACGGGGAUCAGAAUCUGCAACAGCUAACCAAUAUCCGGCAGAAGAUGUGGCGGGCAUUCGAGAAUCCGCACACGUCCACAAGUGCUUUGGUGUUCUACUACGUGACGGGCUUCUUCAUCGCCGUCUCUGUGAUGGCCAACGUGGUGGAGACAGUGCCCUGCGGCCAUCGUCCUGGCAGGGCGGGUACCCUGCCUUGCGGCGAGCGCUACAAGAUCGUCUUCUUCUGCCUGGACACAGCCUGUGUGAUGAUCUUCACGGCGGAGUAUCUGCUCCGCCUGUUCGCCGCCCCCGAUCGCUGCAAGUUUGUACGUUCGGUGAUGAGUAUCAUCGAUGUGGUGGCUAUUAUGCCCUACUACAUCGGCCUGGGCAUCACCGACAACGACGACGUCAGUGGCGCCUUCGUCACGCUCCGCGUGUUCCGAGUGUUCCGUAUCUUCAAGUUCUCCCGCCACUCGCAGGGACUGCGGAUCCUCGGCUACACGCUCAAGUCCUGCGCCAGUGAGCUGGGCUUCCUGGUCUUCUCGCUGGCCAUGGCCAUCAUCAUAUUUGCCACCGUAAUGUUCUACGCCGAGAAGAACGUCAACGGCACCAACUUCACAUCGAUUCCGGCGGCCUUUUGGUACACCAUUGUCACCAUGACCACGUUGGGCUACGGCGACAUGGUGCCAGAGACAAUAGCUGGCAAAAUUGUGGGCGGCGUCUGCUCGCUCAGCGGUGUGCUGGUCAUCGCCUUACCUGUACCUGUUAUCGUAUCGAACUUUAGUAGAAUCUAUCACCAGAACCAGCGGGCGGACAAGCGCAAGGCGCAGCGGAAAGCUCGCUUGGCGCGCAUCCGGAUUGCCAAGGCCUCGUCCGGAGCCGCUUUUGUUAGCAAGAAGAAGGCCGCCGAGGCCCGGUGGGCUGCCCAGGAGUCCGGCAUCGAGCUGGAUGACAACUAUCGGGACGAGGACAUUUUCGAGCUGCAGCACCAUCACUUGCUGCGAUGUCUGGAGAAGACAACGGAUCGAGAAUUUGUCGAGUUGGAAAUUCCGUAUAACGGUCAGCCGAAGCGGCCGGGCUCUCCGUCGCCGAUGGCCAGUCCCGCCCACUCGACAAAUAGUGCCGCCGGCCUCCUGCAGUCCUGCUGCGGUCGCUGCUGCUCCCAGCGCUACCAGGCCUGCGGCAAAUACAUGCCCGCUGCCAGCAAUGCUCAAAAUAGCCAAAACAAUCAGCCCAUGGAUGGCACCUAUCUGGUGGAGGCCUCGUUCUGAGCCGGCAGUGAGUUGGCGUCCACGUCCUCACCGAAGCCCCUGAGAAAUGAAAAAGCACCAGCCACCACAGAAGCAUCCACAUCAAGAGCUACAUUCACAUCCCAAUCAAUGACGAGAUCGAGAUGAUUUAUGUUUACUUUACGUUUAGUCUAACUUGAAAAGUUUUUAAACUAAAUUGAAUUCGUUUGUAGGCAUUGUCGUGUGUGUAUUUAGUCGCCAAAUGAAAUAUAAAAACCAAAAACGAACACAAAAACUAUAAAAAACACUAAAAACACAACACAAAUGAAAACGAAAUACAAGUGUAAUCUCUAAAAUCUGAUUUUCGAGUUUAACGAACAAGAUAUUUAAUUAAAAGAUCAACAUUUGCAGACUCAAAUGCAAACAUCUCUGAAUGUGUAAAAUGUAAAAAGCACAUUAAAAAUUAAACAAAAUGAAAUAAAAGUGCCGAACUCAGUUUCUGAGGCGGCAAAGUCGGAUUUGAUUAGCGAAGACCCGUUAAUGAAAAAACAAAAAAAAAAUAAAUAAAAAUACAAAAAACCAAAUAAAUAAUAAUAAUAAUAAUAUGCAACACUAUUUACUUUAUUUAGGUGACAAGAUAACAACAGCAAAAAACCGAAACCGAAGCAUUUUAGAGGAAUUUACUGUGUAUGUUUUAAUAAAAUGAGAAUAAUAAAGUAGUUUAGACGGAAACCAAAAAUAGUUUGACGAAAGUACUACCCGGCAGGAGGAUCCAACGGAUAUGAAUACCCGAAAUGGGCAAAAAGAAUACUCAAGCACGUUGCAUUGGGUCCAAAAACCAAAAACUCUAAAGUAUUUAAAAUAAAACCAGAACACAAUAAUGAAAUUUUAACAGCAAAUGAUUUGUGUAGCCAGGAAUGGAACGAAGAUAUGGAAAGAAUGUUGAGAAAAUUAUGAACAAAUUAUUAUUACGAAUUCGUGUAUUUUUUAAAUGGUCCGUAGUUUAGUAGGUAUGAUCUUCAUAAACUAGCCUUUGUGAAUUUUGUUAUUUUCUCAUAAAAAUUUUCCGCUCGCCUUCAUUUUCCCUGACAGACCUCCUCCUCCAUAUAGAGAAAAAGGUUUCAGUUAAUCAUUUACUCACUCCUUACCUUUCUCUGUAAUACUCCAAAGUGAACUAAUCAAAAUCUAUUGAAAAAAAAGUAACAAAAGAAUUACAACUUUCUUCCAAGAACUAAGUUAGCAAAGAAACUAUUUAAAUGUAUAUGUGUGUGUAGGAAAGGCUUUAAAGAAUUGGAGCAUUAACUAACUAAAUUAACUCUUAGCAAAUUCUAACAGAAACUUAAAGUAUAUUAAUUAAUUCUAAAUUAAAAAUCAAACAUUUAAAAUUAGUUCAAGUAAACAACUUAAAAAAAUUAAAAAACAAAAAUGAAAACGAAAACAACAACAUAAAUAUGGAGCUUGUAUGUAUGUAUAAUAAAUUUAUUAUGAUUACUCUAAUUAUUAUUAUUAUUAUUAUGGCGAUGAUAAAAAGAAAGACGAAACUGUUGACUAUUUGUUUCUAACUCUCUAAGUUGCCUACUAAUUUUCAAAAUGAUAAAUGCAAACCAAAUUAACAAGAAUCACAAAAUUUUGUUUAGCGUAACAAAGUUGUGAAUAAAAUACAACCGAAACGAUUACGAUUAGAUUGAAAAUUUACAAAAACAAUAAUGAAAACCAACAUCAAGAAGGCAAAAACCACAAUUUGGUCACUAAAACCAACUCUUGUAGCGAUAUUCUAAAAGAAACCCAAUUUAUCAAGAAAUGAAAGUCGAUAGUCGAGAAAAAAAAAGAACCCAAGAAAUAUCCAAAGUCGGAGGAAGACGACAUUUCUCUUUUGAUUUUUAGUGAUAUGAAAUUCGAAUUGAGUAACAGCAAAAAACAACCAUAUACUCUGCCACGGGUCUCUGCGAAUGAAACAGCUAAAGAUUAAUAAUGAAUAAAAUAAAGAAAUCUGUUUACUUCCACCAAACAAA